AUGGAGCAGGAGUUAGUGAGCUACGCGGGCGUGGCGUGGCGGGGCCGUGUCGUGGCGGAUUAUGGUCGCGAGACGGCCGCGCUCGCACCGGCUGUUACGGAGGCGAUUAAAGACCUCCCUCCUUUCGCCACUCAGCUGUCACUCGGCUGCGGGCGAGUCUUCGCGCUCAUCCAGCGCGCGCGCGACGAGCCUUUCGACUCCGCCGCUGUCUCGGUGAAGGCGGAAGCGCAGCGUCCGAACGGCGCAAACGGCGCGAGUGGCGCGGGCGAAUUGUCUGACCGCGCCGCGAACGGAGCGACCGAAUCGCAGCGAGGGAGUAACUAUAACGGGGCGGUAUUCUUUCUGAUUGGCUACGAGCCGAUGAGUAAAGACCAGGCGCGCGCGCUUCUCGGGCGGACCCGAUGCGCGUUUCAAGACGCCGUGAUUGCCGCUGGCAAAGAAACUGCUCUUAACGAAGCAUCCUCUAACGAAGCUGAUCUUUGCGACGACGACGCGUUUCGCGCCUCCAUCCGCCAAUCGCUUGCCGCCACGUUUCGAUGCUUCCGCGGGCGGAUCGCCGACGAGCCUUCGGAGCUAAUCGUGUAUGAUGAUGCUCCUAACGCGUAUAAAACUCGCGUCGAAGAACGGCCUUCUAACGAACACGCACGCGCGGCGGGAGGCGCGGGGGAAAGUAGAGGGGAAAAAGCGGAUGGAGGGGAAGCUGACGCGGACGCGCAGCUGUUGGCGCUGAAGCGGGAGAUAGAGGAGGCGCAGGCUCAGCUGGAGAGGCUGCAACGGGGGGAGGUAGUAACUGCGGCGCAGGGCGAAGUGAAACAGGACGAGGCGCAUCAGGGCGAAGCGCAUCAGAGUAGUGUUUCCCAGGAACGACAAGAGCCGGAACUGCUGCUGCUGCAGCAGCAGCAGCAGCAGCAGCAGCAGCAGCAGCAGCAGCAGCAGCAGCAGCAGCAGCAGCAGCAGCAGCAGCAGCAGCAGCAGCAGCAGGGGGAGGUGGGAACCGAGGGUUUGCGCCUGGCUGGCAGAACUUUGUCCGUAUCAAUCUCCCUGGACCAAUAUGACGAAAGCACUGACGUCAGCAAGCACCUGCAGUCGUGGCACAAGGAGAAUGCAGCUUCGCACGCAACCGCUGAUGCGUCGCCACGUGCUCGAGCUGACGUGGCAGCAGCUUCCAGUGAUCAAGUGCCAGCUGGCAGUGCCGUCCCAGCCUUCUUAGACGCUAACACUGCUGCGCUGGAGCAGAAUCAUCCUGGAAGCUUCACUCCCACUUUUAACCAUCCUCCAUGGGGUGUAAUUGGCAUUCCUGCAGAUGCAGCAGUAGCUAAUCCCCCGUCGCUCCACAGCGGUAUUGAGUUGUAUCUGAGUUACACAAACGGGGAUACUGCUGCUGCCACGGGAACUAGCAUUGUGGCUGACGUGUCGGCCACGUCAGCAGCGGGCCGUGUCACAUCUGGCUACGACGAUUCAGCUGAUUCACCCAAGGGGGGUUGGGGAGGGCUAGGAGGAGAGAAGGUAAAAACUCCGAAGGGGGGGGAGGGAGAGUCAGAGAGUGACAAUAACGAGGGUGGUUGUAAAGAAGGUGAUUCUAGUGGAAGGAGGUUGACGAUAUGGGGGAAGGGGAGUAGCAAGGAUGGGAGUGGGAAGGAGGGAAGUGGGAAGGAGAAGGGUGGGAAGAAGGGAAAUGGGAAGGAGAGGAGUGGAAAGAAGGGCGCUCGCUGCAACAGCAGCAGCAAUCUCGCCGCACAGGGCAGUGAUACUGACGUACUCGUUAUAGACAGCUCCACCAGCAAUAUAAGCAGCCCGUUAACAGGAACGCCAAACUCCGGGACUCCUCUUGCCGGCACCCCCCUUGCCGGCACGCCCAAGUCGCUCACUCCCCGCUCUUCCACGCUGCCUUUCUCGUUGAGUCGGGCAGGGAGCAGUAUUGGAGGAGUGGUGAGCGGUCAACAGAGCCGCAGUGGGGUUGAGAGCGGUAGCAGUGGUGGAAGUAGCAGGGAGGGCAGCCCGGCUAGGUCGUUUGGCGCUGGUGGGAGGAGUGCUAGUGUGGGGGCUUUAAGUGCGAUGCUGGGAAGGUCGAGAGAGGAGGGGAGGGUGAGAGAGGAGGGGAGGAUGAAGGGAGAGGGGAGGGUGGAGGACAAGGGGGAGAGGGAAGAGGAGAGGGGCAGUGGGGAAAGUGGUGUGAGUGCUGCUGCUGCUGUUGCUGCUGCUGCUGGUGCUGGUGGUGGUGCUGUGGGUGGUGCUGCUGGUGGUGCAGCAGGGGGUGGGUUGAUGGGAAUGUGGGCAGCAGCAGCAGGGAGCAACCCUCUCAGCCGACAGUCCAGCAGUAACCACUUCCCAAUCCCAGGUAACCAAUCAGGUGGUAACCGCAUAACCAACGGCAUGUAUGCUGGUUCGGUUGCUGGUUCAGAUGAUGGCGUGGGUGAUGGUAUGCAUGACGCAUGGAACAGUGCACCCAUAAGCCAGUCCCAGCAUCUCCCCCGCGUGUCUUCUAGAGAUCCCUGGAACGCCAUCGAGGCCCCGCACUCGCAGAAGCUGCCAAACGCCCAGGAGAUUUCCCAGGAGAAACUGCAACAGAAGCUGCAGAUGCAGCUGCAACAGCAGCAGCAGCAAAUGCAGCAGGAGAUGAGUAUGGGAGGCAGGGGAGGAAAGGAGGAGGAGGAGGAGGGGGAAGACGAGCCACCGUCAAUGACAAGUAGAACUGGAGGCAUUGCUAUUAAGGGGGGCGCUAUUGCUGCUCGUGCUGCUGCUGCCGGUGCUGCAGGUGGUGCUGCUGCUGCUGGUGCUGCAGGUGGUGGUGGUGGUGCAGUAGCGUCCACCCCUCCAGGCAGUGGCACUCACCACCUCUUCUCCCCCACUGGUUCCCUCUUCUCCCCGGGUAAGCUGCAGCGCCGAGCCUCGCUCUCAGGCUGGGCAAGGCUGGGAGGUAUGGGCAAGAGCAGCAGCACCAGCAACCUGGCUGGAACUGCUGCUGCUGCUGCUGCUGGUGCUGCUGCUGCUGGUGGUGGUGCUGGUGCUGGUGCUGCUGGUGCUGGUGCUGCUGGUGCUGCUGGUGGUGCUGGUGGUGGUGCUGGUGGUGGUGCCGCAGGUGUGUGUGAUGGUUUGAAUGAUCCCAAUCCUGCUGCUGCCGCCGCCGCCGCCGCCACCGCCGCCGCCGCCGCCGCCACCGCCGCCGCCGCCGCAGCUGCCGCCGCUGCUGCUGCUGCUAUUACCUCUGCUGCUCCCCCUGCCGCUGCCGCAGCUGACCUUCCUUUCGUUACAAGCAAGCAUCACUCCAAGACGGCACUCAGUAGCACCUCCGGUAACACGAGGAGCACCACUCCCACCACCAGCGGCAGCACGAGUGGCAGAAGCGCCGGCAAGGAUCCAUGGAGCAAGGCUGUGAGGAAGCUUUGGAAGGCAGCUAGAAGGAAGAAGGGGGAGGGGAAGGGGCCGACGGGGAAGCAGGAGAAGGCGACGGGUGGGGAGGGGCCGGCGGUCGGAACGGGAAAGGGUGCGCAGGGGGAUUUGACUGAGGAGGAGGAGGAGUGGGAUGAGGAUGAGGAGGAGGAUGAGGAGGAUGAGGAAGAGGAGGGAGCGGGGAUCGAUGCCUGGAAGCUUCUGGAAGAGGGGAAGGGAGGAGAGGGAGGAGGGAGGAGCAACCGCCGGGUGUCGCUAUCCGGGUGGCCAGGCGCGGGUGCGUUUGGUGCGAAGAGCAAGAGUGUGGGGAACAGCGGUGGGAGCCGGGACAGACGCAGGACGAGCAUUAGUGGGGUGGUGCGUGGGACGGGAGGAGAGGAGGGGCAGGGCAAGGGAGAGGGGAACAGGGGGCAGAAGCACGGUGAGUUGGGGGUUGGGAAGGAUGGUGAGGGUGCGGGGGGGGGUGUAGGUGCACAAGCAGCAGUUGUUGCUACAGGUGCUUUUCAAGUUGCUGCUACAGCUGCUGCUACUGCUCAGGCUGGUGGGGGUGGUGAGGAGGAGGAUGACGGGGGAUGGGCACAUGCUCUUAGUCAGAGGGCUGGGGUUAAGUCCAAGGGAAGAGUAAGCUGCUCUGUGUGA